AUGUCCUGCUACGACCUGUACCCCUCCUCUGCCUGCGGCGUCCUGCGGCCCCAGCCCCUGGCUGACAGCGGGAACGAGCCGUGUGUCCGCCAGUGCCCCGACUCCACCACCGUGAUCCAGCCUCCCGCCGUGGUGGUCACCUUCCCCGGCCCCAUCCUCAGCUCCUUCCCGCAGGAUUCCGUGGUGGGAUCGGCUGGAGCUCCCGUCCUUGCAGCCUCUGGGGCCUCCCUGGGCUACGGGGGCUAUGGGUCCCUGGGCUACGGGGGUUAUGGAUAUGGGGGUUACGGAUCCCUGGGCUACGGGGGUUACGGAUAUGGGGGCUAUGGGGGUCUCUAUGGAUAUGGGGGCUCCUUUGGGGGUCUGGGUUCCUGUGGAGGGUACCGGGGCCUGUAUGGCUCUGGCAGAUUCUUUGGCUCUGGCUACUGCAGCCCCUACUCCUCCUGGUACGGCCGCUACGGCCGUGGCUUCUGGGGGUCCUGCUAA